AUGGCCCAGACCGGGAUGUGCCUGCACCACUGCGUUGGGACCACCGGAGUCGAGCACGAGCCUCGACGAACGUUCGAAAACGAGAUGACCCAGGAGGAGGUUGAGAAGGAGACGGGCUUGAUCCUACGCUUGCACUUUCAGAAAGUGGACAAGCCGCAAAUCUUCAAGGCGCUUCAGACCCCUACGAAGAGGCUGGGAGCGAAAGGGAAGGAGAUGGUGAGAACCAUCAUCAGUCGCGCUGAGAGGGAAAGCGCCGCAGAUGUCGAAGACGCACGGCAGUUCUUGGGCAAGCUCCAGAAGGAGGGUGUGUGGGUGAGAUUCCAACUGGACGAGGACAGGCGCGUGGCGCGCAUUGCUUGGGCGCUCGACGAGCAACAGGGCAACGCGCUGCGGUACUCCAGCAUCAUCAUCCAGGACAACACCUUCAACACGAACGAAUACAAGUACCACUUGGCACUAAUCGUCGUCGUCGACAAAGAGAACUACACCCAGAUCGCGAUGCAGGCCCUACUUGCGAACGAGCGGACUGAGGACUUCAAGUUUCUCUUCCGGGUUUUCAGGGAACUGUGCGAGGGGGUGCAGCCAGAGGCAGCAAUGACGGCAAUCGAUGAAGAGUGCCCGGCAUCGCACCAGAAGCUGUGCCUGUUCCACAUGGAUGAGAACCUCAUGAAGCACGGCGAAGGCCUUGAGCAGGGCGUCCUGGCGGGGGUGAAGGGGAUGUUCCACGCAGCAGCGUACGCUCACACGGAGGAGAUGUUCCUGAAGCACAAAGCGAAUCUAUUCAAGCAGCUUAAACCGGACAGUCACAUGUACAAGUACAUGGCUGACUUCGUUUUCGAACCAAGGCGGGUACAGCGGUGGGCUUCGUUUGUGCACCCUGGACUCCACACGCUCAACAUUGUCUCCACGCAGCGAGUGGAAUCGACCAACGGUGCCUUGAAGACGGCGAUGCACAGAUCGGGGAGUAUGGUUGACGUGCAUGACACACCAUCGUCGGCAAGGUGA